AUGGGUAAUUGUACUAAGAUGUGUUAUGUUAGUGAAGGGGUACAAUAGCUUACAAAGAAGGAGGAAUUUGCAAUUGAAACUGGGAUUAAGAGUGAUGAUCUGAUCAUGCACUCGACCCAAGGGAAAUCAAAGGAGAACAAGGAGGAUUAAUAUUCUUAAUGUUCAAACAAAAGUGCUCUUCCUUAAAUAAUUUCAAUCGAAGAUGAACUCUUAAUUUAAUCCACUCUGAACUCAAGUGUUCCUGCCAAACUGAGAAAAAUACUAAUGGAGAGUGAUGCUUACUAUGAGGGAGAGUGGAUGCAAGGGAAACGUUGGGGAUAGGGAGAGCAGAGAUGGCCAGAUGGGUCAACUUAUAAAGGGGAAUGGUAGAACAAUAAGGCUAAUGGGUAUGGUAUUUUGACUCAUUCAGAUGGAGAUGUUUACAAAGGAGAAUGGGUAAACGACCAGGCUCAUGGAAAAGGAGUCUACAUAAACUUUAACCAAGCGAAAUAUGAAGGCGACUGGGUCGAAGAUAGACAAGAUGGAUACGGUGUUGAGAGUUGGCCGGAUGGUUCUAUUUUUGAAGGGCAUUACAAAUAAGGUAAGAAGGAAGGAUUUGGAAAGCUAACAUAUCCUGAUGGUUCUAAGUACGAAGGCAAUUUUCAAAUGAAUAAUCUGCAUGGACAAGGAAAGUACGUUUGGCCUGACGGGAGAAUAUACGAAGGUGAUUGGGUCAAUAAUUAAAUGAAUGGGAAGGGAAUGAUGAAAUGGGAAGAUGGGAGGCAGUAUGAAGGAGAAUAUAGAGAAGGAUAGAAGCAUGGGUUUGGGACGUUGAUAUGGGAGGACGGUCAUAAGUAUGUGGGUUAAUGGGUGAUGGGAAAAUAGGAUGGGGCAGGAGAAUAUUUCUUUACGAAUGGUACUUCUCGUAAGGGAGUGUGGAAAGAAGGCAAGCGGAUUUAAUGGGAUUGA